AUGGCAAAUUCUGGAGGUGUUAUUGCUGAUUUAUUUGAAGGAUCUGAACGUGGUAUUCCUUUAUCAAUAUUUGUUGGAUCAACAUUUUUAGGUAUUAUAAUUGGACCAAUUGUUGGAGGAUUUGUAGGUGAAACAAUUGGAUGGCGUUGGGUUGAAGGAAUAAUGACUAUUUCUAGUGGAAUAAUAUGGAUAAUUAUUUGUUUAUUUUUAUCCGAAACAUAUAGUCCAAUUAUUUUACGUAAAAGAGCAAAAAAAUUAAGAAAUGUAACAGGAAAAAUUUAUUGUUCAAAAUUCGAAGAAAAAAGUGAAAUAAAAUUUGUUAAACUUUUUAAAAAUUCUCUUUCACGUCCAUGGAUUCUUUUAUUUCGUGAACCAAUUGUUUUUCUUCUUUCAAUUUAUACGGCAAUUAUUUUUGGAAUUCUUCAUAUGUUUCUUGAUGCUUUUCCAAUUGUUUAUCAAGAUAAACGAAAUUGGAGUGAAGGACUUGGUGAAUUACCUUUUAUUGGAGUUUUAAUUGGAAUUAUUCUUGCAACUAUUUAUACAAUAUUAGAUAAUAUUAGAUAUAAUUAUACAACAAAUAAAUAUAAUCCUCAAUGUCCUUUACCUGAAACUCGUCUUCCACCCGCUAUAGUUGGUUCUAUUUGUUUACCUAUUGGAUUAUUUUGGUUCGCUUGGACUAAUUCUCCAUCUAUUCAUUGGAUUGUUUCAGUUAUUGCAAGUAUACCUUUUGGUUUUGGUAUGACUUCUAUUUUUGUUGGUGUUUUUAAUUAUUUAAUUGAUACCUAUACAAUAUAUACAGCUUCAGCAUUUGCAGCUAAUAUGAUAAUACGAUAUAUUUUUGGAUCAGUUUUUCUUUUAUUUACAAAUCAAAUGUAUGAGAAAUUAGGAAUUCAUUGGGCUACAUCUAUACCAGCAUUUCUAACAUUGAUUUGUUUACCAUUUCCAUUUAUUUUUUAUAAAUAUGGUCAAAAUAUACGAAAAAAAUCGAAAUUUGCUUCACAAACUCAACAAAUAAAUCAACACGUAACGAUUGAUGUAAAUACACACAAUCAAAAAACGAACAUUGAAAUAAAAGAAAAAAAUAUUUUUAAUUUAUAA